AUGAAGGAGAUAGACUCACAUUCAGAGUUAGACGCCUCUCUGAGGACAUCCGUUUCCCAGCGAUCGAGUGAAGCUCCCAUGGUUCAGAGACCGAAUCGAACGUCCAAGCUGGCUCAAAGAACGCUCGCUGGGCUUACCAUCAACAAACUGAAGAUACAUUUGGUGGGUAUGAUCGGAAGAGAGAAAGAAUCCGAAGUCUUGCAAACGCACCUUCGCACUAUGAUUCAACAAGCAAGUAAUGCAAUUGAUGACGGUGAAAAUGCAAAAUCGAAUAGAACCGGCAUGCGGGCAUCAAAAGUGGAGAAGAAGCUUGUCUUCAUUCAAGGUUUUGCGGGCGUAGGCAAGACUACCUUAGCGAGGACUAUCAAGAAGGAUGUGAACUCUACUGCGAAGGUAUUUUUUGCAGAGGGUAAAUUCGAUUUGGAUGAUAACAAGGAUGAACCAUAUUCGGGAAUAGCAAAAACGUACAGUGGUAUCAUUCAAGAACUAUGGAGAACCAAUCGUGAUAUGCUGCUGAAAUUGGAAAACAGUUGUCCGAGGAUCUUGGUAGUGAGGUCGAACCGCUGA